AGCGGCUCUGUUCAAACUCUGUAAUUAUCCUCCCGGAGCAGGUUCCCACGUGGAGCUGCCGCAGCCGCGCGGAGGCUUUCUCUGACUCAGCAGGAUCUGCCGGAAAACGCUGUUUGCCGAAAACGCUUGGGGACGGAAGCUGCCGCGCUCCGGCAGAGCAGCAGGUACAAAGGCCGGGGCCCGGCUUCGAGACCGGCCAGGUGGCACCCGCUUCGGUGCCACGCGGUGACUUUUGCACCGCGGCUGAUUUGGAUGCUGGCUGCAGCCGAGCCCAUCAGCCCCGGCGGCGGGGGACGACUGCUGAACAGCGCAAACGGAGGAAGAGGAGACAAAAUCCUCCCCUCUGACUGGGAGAAAGACGACAGCAGCAAAGGCUCCUCUGCCAGGAAAGUUAAAAAAGGCUCUGACUGUAAGAGCAAGGGCUUGAGACUAGGCACCGCUUCCCUGGCAGCUAGCACCUGGGAGCACACACAGAUGCAAGGGAUUCGGGGAAUGGGAUGGUGCUGGAGGCAGAUUUUCUGGAAUAUAUUUUGCAAGUGUCUUUUGACCCUUUAUUAGGUAACCCCGAGCUAGGUAUUCAGAGCAGUUCAGAGCUUUGUACGUAAAACAACAGGAUUGAAAUUAGACAGGAAGGAAGAGCGAGAGGAAGUGGUGCCCCGGAGCCCCGAUGGCACACAGGUAAGCACACGCAGUCUCAAGGGACCUGCCGCCCGCCCGCGGGCUGACUCAUGCUAGCUGAUGAGCCAGCCUCAUAUUUUACUAGAUAUCUUCAUUUUUCCUGCGUCUCCUCAGCGUUGCCUGCACUCCAGAAAAUUUGGUUUUAUAGGCAAAGAUUUAGCAGGGGUAGCCCUCCCCCGUUCGAGUCCCUAUUACCAUCAGCCAGCGCAGCACAUUUUCCCACGCCAGAAUGGAGCCGUGGCAUUGCAGAUAUAUAGUUGUCCCUCCUCUGCUUUGCCCCCAGCUUGAACAGGUCACUGUCUACUCCUGCCUUAGAAGACCUGCUGAUUUGAACCGAGCAUUACAUACAGAGUCAAAUAUUACGGAAAGAUGUUUAGGCACAGGAAGAGGAAGCAAGGUAAAACCGUAGCAGAGCUAAAAUGAUUAAUGGGACAUUGCUCUCAGAACAGCCUGGGUUGUGAUAUUAAUACUGAGAGGAUUCAGAAGGGAAUACAGCAGGAGCAGCAGCGAUGAAACGCCUGAUGCAGGAGCCCCUGAGGGGCUCAGCAACGCGCGGUGCUGCAUGCCAGGGGUUGGGUGCCUGAGGCACGCGGCCGCCUUGCCGGGCUCCUUCUGAACCUGCCUGAAUUGCAAAAUCUGGUGGCGUCAUAAAUGCCCCAUGACUGUGCAUACGACCAGAAAGCACAUAGAUAUCUAUCAGGAAUUACUUAAGCUUCAGAGUGGUAAACUGAACUGGAAAAAAAUGUUUAUGCCACAGGGGAAGCAGAUGGAGAAGGAAAUAUUUAGUAUAAAUGGAUUUGCUUAUAGGGUAAGAAUAAUUACAUGCACUGUUUCACAUAUUCUUCCUAAGCAUUCAUGUCUGGCCGUAAUAAGAGAUGGGAUACUGGGGUGGACGGACGCCUGAGCCCACGUUUCCCUGUUCUUCAGUCGCAUCAGGAAAGGAGGAACCUAGAACCUUCCUAAUAGCAGCAGGUAAAAAAUCCAUACAGUGGACAAAUUUGGGGCACAUCAGUCACUAAGACUGUGGGAGGAAUACAAGGAAUUGAGCAUGCUGCCACGCUCACAGGGCUUGUGCCUGUAUCACUGCUGUGUGGGACGUCACCGGGCUCUGGAGCUCUGCAGAGGUGUGGGAAAGGUCCCACCUGUGGCCACAGGUCGAAGUCAUGCUGUGUGCUUGUUGGCAGUGGAGAAGAUGCUUGCGAGACCGAAAGCAGCAGGAAAGCAGAAGCAGUCAUGCAUCUGUCGGUGGAAAUGGUUUUUAUCCCAUGGUGUAGCUGUGCAGCUGGGGAGAAAAGGAGAGGGCACAUUCUUUGCCCGACUAGAUCGUAACAGAUGGUCCAGCCCAAGCCCUUGAGAGACAGCUGAGCCACCGGCAUCCUUAGCUAUGCUAUGCUGUUACCACAGGUUUCUCAUGUAGGUCCCUUGCACCAAAUCCUGAGCAAAGAGCCUUCCAGUCCUGCAGGAAGAGCAGAGCCUCCUGACAGACAGAAAAACAAGAGUCUCCAGAACGCCUAGUUCACUUCAACCCAGCAAAGAUUUAAUCCUGCCAGGGGCUGGUUUAACAUGUGGGCCAAGCAGGCUCUGCCAGGGUGGUUCUGGCCUCGGCUGAGCAGGUUGUGCCUGCGCUGCAGGCUGGCAAAGGGACCGUGCCAGCACGCUGCACGUGGCCGGGCAGGGCGGGCGGCUGGCUGCUGGGAGCACGACACCCUGCUUCUGCGAAGCUCGCAGGAGGCACUGCAUUAUUCAAGGAACAGUGUCCCUACGGGUUGGUAAAGGCAUCCCUGUCCGGCCAGCAGAGCACAUGCAGGGCUGGUCAAAACGCUGCGGGAAGGAACAGAAGAGUUUUCCCCUUGCAGGGACGAGCUCACAGGCUGGAGCGGAGGGACUGGACAGACUGCAGUGCAAAGCGAAACUAUUUCUCCAGCCAGACAAGAUCAAGGCCUGAGAUCAGUGGUUCUGUGAUGCACGCUUUGGUAUUUCUUGCAUUAAAUCCUUCGCCUGGGGCUGUGUGGGGGAAAAUGGAGCUACAGACCAGGCAAAAAAAAAAAAGACUCAGCACUGCCAGUUCUGUCAGAAGCCCUUCACCUGCUCACCAUGCUCGGGAACUCGUGCGCCUGUCUCCUGUGCCUGAGGCAGGUACAUCCACACUUCCACCUGGAAUAUAUCCAUGCCCUCACAUGGACAUGUGAGGGGUGAGCGCUUGGGUAUGCAAUGAUUUCAGCAGUCUUCGCAGCUACCUCUGAACUGCUUCGGCAUGCUCUGCCACGUGCAGAGUGCAUUUUACACAGUAGAUCAUCUUAUAAGUGUGGGGUUUAUAGGCUUUCUGAAUAAGAAUGUGUACACAGAGAGUAAAACUUCCCUGUAUCAUCUGACUUCCUACAGCCUGGCAGACAGCAGCGACACAGCUUAGAGAGGGACGAGGAAGACAACUAAUCAAAGUUGAAAGCAAAGCUGCUUGAUUUGCUUCGAAAUCUUGGACUCCUCAAAUUAUGUUAGGUGUGAGCCUGAUCCUGCAUUAGAUAAGCAGAUGGCCUUUGUGCUUUCCCAGCUGGAGGGAGGUGGAUUAAGGGAGCGAGCCUUUCCAAAAACAGCCUCAUGACUUUUGCCAGAAGGACUUUGCCGCGUCAGAAGUUCCCACGUCUGUUGGCGAAGGUGAACCCCAGCCGAAGUCCAGGAGCAGAGCGGGCUGCUGCUGGCCUAAGGGACGGUGGAGCCGUGAGAGCAUAUCUCACCGUGGGGCGACCUGCAAGCACCCAAACCUCCGUCCACGAGCAGCGGGGAGCACCUGGGAGAGGGCACGGUUUAUCUGGGAGAAUUCAGACUGGGGAUUAUCGAUGAACUGCUGGGCCUGGACUGUGGAAAGUGGAUCAUCGGUCCCAGAUGCAGCGUAACUUGCUGCAGAGAAACCCCAACCUGUGAGACAAAAAAGCUGGUGUCUGGCGAUUUAAAAUAGUGCUGCUGCCUCGAUUUACACCGUGGCUGCCACACUGCACAGUCGCCACUGCGGGAUCAGCUGUGCUCCCCGCAGUGUUCUGGCAUGGACCCAGCAUGGCCUUGUUUGACACCUGGAAGGAGCCCCCUGCCCCGCCGGGAGCACAGGUACCGGGAGACGCGUCCCCAGGCCGCCUGCUCUGUGCAGCUGAGCUGCCUCCCUACAAAAAGUGAGGCAAUGGCCUUUCGGGGCUGUUGGAAAACUUCUCGAAAUUGGGGUGAAAAGGGGAACAUCUCCAAAGAAGGCGUGAAUGCUGGAUCCCUCCGGAGCAGGGCCCUGGUGUGCCCGGCUCUUCAGCGAGGGUGCAGGGACCUCUUGUGGCAGCGGUGCUGGAGAGCUCCUCUUCCCCGUUUCGCCGGAAGGUCUCAGCCGUAAGGGCUCUGGCUCGUACCCGAAUGCUUGGCCUGGUCUGUUGGCAAGGGAUCCCUUCAUAAGGGCGCUUGGGAGUCUCCGUCUCUGAAACCAGCCCCGCUUCAUCCAUCGCUGCAGAGGAGGGCAGGAAAGCAGGGAAGGCGGAAAACAAGGCUCGUGAGACCGCGCUGCCCUGUGGCAUGCCCUGGUAAAGUUAAAUGAGGUCUGGGCCAAACGUGUCCAAAGGUAGUCAAAUUUUUAGUGUUGCCUGAAUUGCUGCCUAUGCUAGUGCUGCGGUAGGUGGGCUCAAAGCCCUGAACCACAGGCUCAACUAAUCACAGCUUAAAUUCCUUCCAUUUGGAAGCAGCAGGUAAAAAAAUCUCCUGUACCAGAAAUGUUUUCACUGUUCCUGUCCCCAGCCCCAGCUUGGCCAGAUGUUAAAAACAGAAGAAUAUCGUUGCUGACGGAGAAGCAACAGGGCUCCCUCCCAACGAGGAAAAACAGCGCUAGCCUCAUUGGCUUGUCAGAGACCAGGACUUCUCACGGAGCAACACGGCCUCCAGCUCACCGAGUGCCUCUGGCGUGCAGGAAAAGUGUACGUGCCGCUCCUGCCCUUAGAGCUUUAUACAGCAUAACCCCAGCUUCGCCGUCCUCCUGACACCAAGGAAAGGGUCUGUAGAGCUUGCUGAGCUGGAAAAACUGCAGAAGGCUUUCCAUUAAGAACCAGCUCUCUGCAAUUUUAUACUGCAAUUAAUUGUUUAGUGAUUUUCCGUAUCGGUGCCUUGGGCAGCCUAGAGCAUCUCUAGCCCCAGGCGGACGCAGACGGCGCUCCCUUUCCUGUGGAUGUCUUACGCUAAGCAGAAAUGGCUCUGCAUUUGGCCCUCUCAGUAUCAGAUUAGCCUAUGUGAUCCUUCAAGUCCUAAUACAUUGGAUUAUUUAUAAUCCUCGAAGCAGUCAGGUGCACCAAAUGCUUCAACCAGUGUCUCCCUGCCACUUACCACUGCAAAAUUACAUUGUCUUUUCCAGCUUUUAAGCAAAUUUCUGAAGCAUGAACAGACACUUUGCUAUCUGUUGGGAAUAUCUCCCCCCACCUUGUUAGGAUCUGAUUUAAGCACGCGCCUCCUCAGUAAAUCUGAGCCCGUCUCUUCCCCCAGCCUGUCGCUUGCUCAUGUUCCAGUGUCAGUUACCCCAGCCAGGGCAGCGACUGCGAUUUCCAGCUCCACGCGCUUCUUUUUAAGCAAAGAGUAACUAGAAGAUUUCAUCUCAAAUUAAUACCUCAAAGGAGACGCAGACUUUGACAUUAAUCGGUGUGUACAUGAUGACUCACUGUCUGCAAAAGAGACGCAGGCACUGUGCAGCAUCCCUGCUUCUGGUGGCGACAUCAAAAAGCAACAAGGGACUCAUCAAAUUAUGGGAAGCGAAAAAAAGCGUGUAAGAGCGGUAUUAAAGGACGGAACAAAAGAAGCUGUGGGUACAUGAUGCUGAAUUCCCGCAAGUCCUUGACAGCAGAGCUGGACUGUCCCAGACACCGUCGAGUUUUCUACUCAAGCCUGCGUGUAGGACAGGGGGACGGAGGUCACUAGUGCUGCAGGUGCAGAACCAGCCUGCUUUUCUCUGCAAGGUGCUGGGCAUAGAAAGGAGGUGCAUGCCAGGAAGGGCCUUCUUGCUUGCUCAAAUUGCAAUCGCUUUCACCAGUGAGCGAAUGAGGGUCCCCCGGGUCCGUACCCAGGGCCAGGCACGGCUCCCCGGCACGGUGCAGCCCUGACGGUGUGCGAGCCGCACCACCAUCGCGCCCUGCGGACGCCUUGGGGCGAAGGACCGCUGCCGGCGCACGGGAAGGGUUUUCACCCUGAUGCCACCGACAUGGAGGAGGGACAUCGGGGGGACAAGGAACACGUCCCCUGCUCCAGGUUCUGCCUCUACCCUGGGCUGCCUGAGGACCUGGUCGGCACGCAUCCUCCCGGGGCGCACGGCCUGGUCGCCGUGUCCGUAGGUUAUUUCCUCGAAGACUUCGUGGACAUGUUGUGCAAUCAGAAACUUCAGCAGUCCUGGGAGCUGCUUUUCCAUCACUCCGUGGUGAUCGUCUGCUUUGGUAUUGCAGUGGUGCUCCACCAGUACGUCGGGUUCGCUCUCGUGGCCUUGCUGGUGGAGAUUAACUCCAUCUUCCUCCACCUGCGGCAGAUUCUGCUCAUGGCCAACCUAGUGCACACCACCUGCUACCGCCUCAACAGCAUCAUCAACCUGGGCACCUACGUGGUGUUUCGCAUUGCCACGCUGGCCUGGAUGACGCGGUGGCUCUUUCUCAACCGGGAGAAUGUGCCCUUGGCAACGUACGCCGUGGGCACGGUGGGCAUGGCAAUCAUGACACCCAUGAACAUCAUCCUCUUCUACCGCCUGCUGCGUAGUGACUUCUUCAAGUCCAGCCAGGAGGUGCAGCAGGACAAGGAGAAAUAGCCCCUUUCCCUGCAGGGUCCAGGGGAUGAGCAGCCCCGAGGCCUGUGGAGGAGGACAGUGAGGAAGAAGAGCAGUGGAAAAUGAGCAUGGGUAUUUCAGUGUCUUGCCUGGAGGGUCCACACUAACCAGAGCACCCAGGCUGCUCCAGCAGCUGCAGUUCCUGGGCCCCAUGCUGCAGAAAAGGUGCUCCCGGACCAGGUGUUGGGGCCCUGCUUCCCCUGCACUUUUGGAUGACGUGGUUGGACACCUGGGAGCUGCCCAAGGAAGCCCCGACAGGUCUCACAGCUCUGUAAGGCCACCACUGAGAUGAAAAGGGAGCGGGGAGAGCAGUUUCCCUGCUGCUGUUCUGGACAGCCGAAAGCUGCCAUCUGUACCUGACCCCUUUGGUGCUGCCCCCCGUGGCAUGCCACCAGCUGGGCACCAGCACUGCCCAAGGGCCAGUGCCAUGGGGACCUUGCUGCCAGCCCUGUGUUGUCCAUGGCACGUCCCACCAGGCAGGAGAGGCUCCAAGGCUUCACCCUCGAGGCCAGGUCCAGCGAAAGCCAAAUCCUGCACGCGUGAGUCCUCCCCGAGGAGAUGGUCCCAGGUGGGUGACGGAGGGAGAGCCUGAUGCCAGCCCGCGGUGAGUCUGGCCCUGGCAGCAGAGCACUGGGCAGUGGGUGCCAUGUCCCUGGGCUCGGGGACGGGCUGUCAGCUCCUCCUGGCACCUGGACGUGUUUCCAGUGUCGCUUCGUUCCCAGGUGCAACAAGUCCCCCUGCGCAAGCGUGGGAGAGAACGAAUUGCUGGCCAGGACAGCGGUCACUUCCCACGGAGGAGGGGUUGGCCAGAUGGGGACAGGAGAUGGGCCAGAUUUGGGCAUCUCUUAGGAAUGAAGAGUCCUGCUCCAGAGCCCCCGUAACGCUCCUGCGUGGCAGCAAGCGCUCAUACUAACACGAGCUUUUAAUAAACAGUUGCAAACGAAA